AUGUCAAAUCCCAAUAAACAACGAACGCAUAAGCGACAGAAAUCGUCUAUACUGACUCCUGGUUAUUACUUUUUAGAUCCACAACAACUGCCUACACAACAACAACAAUCACAGCCCCAGCAACAACAACAUUCUCAGAGACAUCUUCAACUGCUGCCUCAUCAUAACUCUCAAUCAUCACCCACUCAUAAUACUCAAAUAUAUGAUGACCCAUACUCAUUUAGUUACAAUUUCCCUCAGAAACCAUCGUCAUCUUCAACGAAUUAUCCUCAAGAACAAGAUCAAAGAUCAAUAUUACAUACAUCUCCACUAAAGAGAGAAGCUUCUAAUGAUGAUCUCCGUGAAGAACAACUGCAUCUGCAUCAACAGCAAUAUCAGCAACAACAACAGCAACAACAAUCUGCAUCUUUUUAUCCUUACACAUCAACCCAAGUCCAUCCAGUCUAUGGCAAUAUCGACGCGUCACAACUUAAUAAUCCCAACCCAGGACUAUUUCAAAGUCCUGUUCAUAAUUAUCAACCCAUGUCUAGUACAUCUUCAUCACCAUAUGUUAAUCAACAUCCAUCACAUUCUAAACAAAUUCCAUCUCAAUCCUAUUCAAGUAAUUUCGAACAAACUUCAUUAUAUCCUUCACCAUCAUUUAAUUAUCCUAAGAUUACAGAAUAUGCUCCACUUUCUUCAUCUUCUAUACCACAAGGAAGUAGUAGUAAAUCACAAUUAUCGUCAGCUUAUAGACAACAUCAAAAGAAUAAUUUAUCAAUUUCAUCUCAUUUUAAUUUAUUCUCAUUAUCCGAAGAUCCCCUGAAGAAUCAUCCUAGUAACACUCCAAGUAAUAAUAAUAAAAUAACUGUAGGAGGAUCAGUGGUUAAUGAUUUAUUAUCUGAAUUAGUUCAUGUUGAUAGUUCUAAUAUUAAUAAUUAUUUAUUAUCUAUUUUAAAUAAAAUUAGUACUACAAUUCCCGUGGAUGAUUUUUAUAAUUUGCUUUAUAAUAAUGAUAGACUUGAUUCAUUCUUGGCUAUAAAAACUGAUGAAAAAAUUGAUAAAACCAUUGUACCAAUGGCUACAGCCACUAAUCCAAAUCCUAAUAUUACUACUAGUAUAGGAGCUAAUGAUGGAGAAAGUAUCUCAAUUAUAAUAAUUAAUGAAUUAUUAAAUAUCUUUAAAAAUACGAGUCUUUUAGUUGAAUAUUUUCCUGAAUUAGCCAAUAAAGAAAAUAAAUUAAGUCAUAUUAAUUAUCAUGAAUUAUUAAGAACAUUUCUUGCAAUUAAAAUAUUAUUUGAUGUUUUAGUUGAAUUACCUCUUAGUAAUGAUGAUGAUCCAUUAAAUUAUACAAUUCCUCGAUUAUCAAUUUAUAAAACUUAUUAUAUUGUAUGUCAAAAAUUAAUUUUACAAUAUCCUAGUUCAUCAAAUACAACUAAUGAACAACAAAAAUUAAUUCUUGGACAAUCUAAAUUAGGUAAAUUAAUUAAAUUAGUUUAUCCUAAUUUAUUAAUUAAAAGAUUAGGUAGUCGAGGUGAAUCUAAAUAUAAUUAUUUAGGGGUGGUUUGGAAUAAUAGUAUAAUUGAUGAUGAAAUUAAAAAUUUAUCAGAUAAUAAUGAUAUUGUCGAAUUAAAUGAAAUCUUUAAACGGGAUCCAAAAGUUCCAAGAUUAUCUUUAUCAAGUUUUGUACCUAAAAAGCCUCAUAGAAGAAGUUCAAGUAAGGGGAAAUUUAAACCAGAUCUUUCUAAAUCAUCACCUCUGGAAAUAUUCAUGACACCUCAUGAUAUUGGGUUAGGUCAGUCUACUCAAAUAUCUCCUCCAAAUGUCCUUGAACCUCCACUUCAAUCUCAUCCCCAUUCCCAUUCUCAUUCUCAUUCCCAUUCUCAUUCUCAUUCUCAAUCUCAAUCUCAAGUUCAACUCGGUCUGUUGGAUCCUUCAAAUUUAUCAACGGCCAAUGUCCCAAGGUAUCGUGAUUCGAUUACUGCUCCUAAUUUAUCAUUUAUAAAACCAUUCUUAAAAUAUCCACCCGAUGAUAAUUUUACUGUCCUUAAUGAUGAAGAGAAUUGGUUUAGUGAAUUAAAAUUUAAAAUUUAUACGACUCAAUCGCAAAUCCCGAGAAAUAUUAUAUAUCAAAUAUUUCUUGAUUCAGAAAAUUUACAAUCUAGUAAUAGUAUUUUACAUAAUUUAGUUGAAGCCGUUAUAAAACCAUUAAUUACAUCAUCUACUGAACAAUCACAAAAUAUUGAAAAACAAAUUGAUUUGAGUCUUUAUUUAAUUAUUUUAAUUGAGAUUCUUCCUUAUUUAUUAUUAAUUAAAUCUUCAACUAAUAUUUACUUUUUAAAGAAUCUUCGAUUAAAUUUGUUACAUUUAAUUAAUAAUUUUAAUACUGAAAUUAAGAAAUUAAAUUCACCAUUUUUCAAGCUUGAUAAUUCUACGAUAUUUUUAAUUUUAUUAAAGAAAAUGAUGAAUUUAAAUGAUUUAUUAAUCACAUUUAUUAAAUUAAUAAUUAAAGAUGAUGUUAAAUCAAUUAUGUCUAAUGAUAUUGAGAACUUUUUUAAGUCCUCAGAACAAUCUUUAUCUCAAGCUGGUCUUGUUCAAACAGGUUCAGGAAGUCAUCAACAGCAACAGCAACAACAGCCACAACCUCCUCUUCCUCAAGUACCAUCGGAUUCUAUAAAACUUGAAGAUGAGGAUGAUGAUGAAAAUUUUUUACUUAAUUUGAAUUCAUUUGGAGAAUUGAAUUUCAAUUUUAAAAAUGAUAUUUUAUCAAAUGAUAUGAUUUAUACCUUAAUUGGUUAUAAUUUUGAUCCUGCUAUUAGUAAAGAAUUAAAAUCAUCAAUAUCUAUGAAUUUUGUAAAUGAUGAAAUUAAUUUAAUUGAUGAUUUCUUUAAAAAGGAUUUAUUGGCAUUCUUAAAUGAUACAAGUUAUGAAUUUGAGAGUCCUAGUAUUUUAGAUACUAAAUCAAUUUCAGGUGAAUCAGAAGCUAGUAGUAAAGGUGCUGGUAUAAAUCCUCUGGGUGAAGAUUCACUCCUUAAUAAUAAAGAAUUAAUUAAAUUACAUUCAUUAAUAAAUUUAAUUGAUCGAAGAUUAUUAUCCAUUCAUUAUAAAUCCAAAUAUCCUAUUGUAAUUUAUAAUAAUUUCAUUAGUUUUAUUUUAAAUGAUAUUUUGAAAUUUAUAUUUUUAAAACAACAACAAUCUCAAGCUCAGAAUUUAAGUUCCAAUCAUCUGUCUGAUGCCAGUCAAAAUUCUUUUGGUAAUUGGUGGGUAUUUAAUUCCUGUAUUCAGGAAUAUCUUUCUCUUAUGGGAGAGAUUGUGGGUCUACAUGAUUCCAUUGAAACCGUGACUUGA